GUCUCCGGUAUUCGGAUUUCCUAUUCUUUCUGACUCACCCUGUAUAACAGGACGGGAAUAAAAGAGAUGGAGCAAGAUCAACGAAGAAAGAUCCAUUUUAUGAUGACCCUUAAUGAAGUGAAGAAAAUAUUGUGGUCGUUCGAGAAAGUGUGCGUGAGCAGUCGCACCCAGUUGAACAUCAGUGUGACCAGUUUGUGGCGAAUUUCGCGGAACGAUUUGGCUCUCCGCUCGUAUAACAUUGCGUUGACUCAAGAACUGAAGCCACCCGACCAUUUUAAGCGUCGCAAAUUAGCUAAUUGGGCUCUGCACCAGAUACAAGCUGACGAUGACAUUCACAAGAAAAUCAUCUUUUUGGGUGAAGCCCACUUUUGGCUUGAUGGUUUUGUCAACAAGCAAGCUUGUCGCAUUUGGACUAGUGAGCAGUGUGAAGACACAAUAUAUGAUAUCGGAAUAUUCUUGGGACCAGCUCGACGCUAUGAACUUGGUUCCAACAGGAUGGUCCAACGUGCUAUACAGCUACGACUCAAUCGAAUUAUUGAAGACCAAGGUUGGAGAGCGAGUUAACUCACUCACGCAACGAUGCUCGGGAAUGGCCGCUUCGUUCGUGCGAUUAGUAUCGCACUGUCGCUAGUCUAUGCCAAUAAGCCAGCAACGUUAGAAGAGCUGCAGGCCAACAUUGAACGCGAAAUUCCUGGUAUCAGCCGAAUCCCAAAAUUGUACGUGUAUCGUAAAUUGUAAAUUGAUGUCGUAUUCCAUAAAUAAUAACAUCAAUUUAUACUUUCAUUUGCAAAAAAAUCAUUUUCAUAAGUAACCCACAAGUCUUAUAAUUGAAAAAAUAAAAUGCGUCGCUCUUAAUGAAAAACUCUUUAUAU